GGCGCGUAUGAGGGAGGGAGGGAGAGAGAAAGAAAGAAAGAAAAGAUUCGAGGAGGGAGGAGAGCUAGGCGAAGAGAGCGCGGGAAUUCGGCCAUAUCCGAAAGGCAUCCGUCCACGCAUCAUCCAUCCAUCCAUCCACGCAUCCACUCAUCAUCAUCGCCCCCCUCCCCCGCCGACGUCGUUUCCUCCCGCGAAUCUAUCCCGAAAGAAUCCCUCCUCCGCCUCCCUCCCCGGCGCCCAUAAAUCCCAGACCGCGACCGGGGUCUGCUGCCAAUGUGGAGCAACACCUCUCUCUGUCUCUCUUCUCAUCUCCUUCGGUUUUCUCUCGUUAGAGACGCCGAUCCUUCUCAACAAGCAGUGACCUCAGUGUCCGUUUGGUUCAGGGGCUACCACUAGCAGUUCUCGUCUUGGCAUGCAGAACCAGUUGAUCUGCAGCGGUUGCAAGCGUGUUCUUCAAUACCGCAGGGGAACCGCCGGCGUCUGCUGCCCAGGCUGCAACACUUUCACCUCGGUCAACCCAUCAGGGGCGGAGAUGUCUGAGAUCGUCUGCAGCCGCUGCUAUACCCUGCUCAUCUACAACCGAGGUGCCGCGAACAUUCGCUGCCCGAACUGUAGCAUGGUGAACUCAACAAGAUCAGAUACAGGAGCAAACCAGAUUUGUCACCUGUCAUGUGGGCAUUGCCGGACGACUCUGGCGUACCAACUGGGAGCCUCAACCGUCGGAUGCCCAACAUGCCGCUAUGUUAAUCCUGUCAGGAACAACACCGGUGGCUCUGCACGGCCUGCACCAUCGGAUGCUCGGCCCCAGACAGUUCUGGUGGAGAAUCCUAAGACACUGGAUGAAAAGGGCAGACUGGUGAGCAAUGUCGUGGUUGGUAUCACCUCAUGGAAAAGAUGACCAAGAACCUCUUCGCGGCAUCAUCCCCAGGGGUCUAAUGAUUACGUCCUUGGUGAAUAUGUAUCUUUAUCGUCAAAAUCAAGUGUGUUUUGAAGCUUGAUAUAAACAAGGGUCUAACCUUGUGUAACUUUUUCCCCCAAAAUGCAAAGGCUUUGCGUGUCGAUUUUGGGUGUGUUUGAUUAUCUGGAGGAGUUUUUGUAGAGUUAUAUCGUAUAAGCAGGUUGAGAGGAGCAGGCUGAACAGAGUCAUAUUUGUUAAAAAGAAGAGGGUUUGGUUGGUUGAAUCUGUCUGGACAAGCUGGGCUGAAUUUCUGUUUAGUUGACUGAAUCUGAGGUUACAUAAGUGGAUACAAGAGCUAAGAUUGUGAUUA